UGUGUUAUUUUGCAAACAAAGACGCAACAAUGUAUUGCUAUGAAAUACAUUGAAUUUUGCCACAUAGCCUAUAAGGCCAUUUUGAUUUUUUCUUGAGUGUGUCAGAAUUUAGUACAAAAAAAAAAAAAACAAUACCACACCUAGUUGGCUAUAAUGUCAACAUGCAGUUUAAAGUAAACCAAUGUACAAAUCUCAGGAGCUGUGAAUCAACUUUUAUUCACUGUGAUUCAUGCUGGUGUGGGGGGGGAUGAGCGGAGCUGCCACAGGCUGCAAAUUAUUACAGAAAGCUUGUUUGGAAAAACUUGAGGUCAGCACAGUUAAGUGUCUUUUAUUGGCAUAUCACAAGUUGGAUCAUGAAAAAGACAAGGUUAAAGGUUGGAAGGGGGGCAACCUUGUAGUGAAGGCUGCCUCAAUCUCUCCUCCUCCAAGGUGUGGUUAGAGAGAAAGGAACAAAUAGGGCAGCUGACCCUGUAAGUUGCAGUUACCCUGAGCCUCGGACCUCACACAGGUCUCCUGCCUGGUUGUUCAGGCCAGGUGUUGCAGCAGUCCUCCCCGCCAUCCAGGCUCAAGUAGAAGCCCUCUCCUGUUGAAGCUGCAGCAGAUCCCAGUGGCCACCAAUAACAUCAGCAACCAUGGUUUCAUCUGCUAAAGUUCUGGAUGGAGGCUGGGGAUGGGCAAUUGUGGCAGCUUCCUUCAUGGCCCAGCUCCUGGCUUACGGGUCACCCCAGUCGGUGGGCGUCCUGUACCCUGAGUGGCUGCACACCUUUCAGGAAGGGAAGGGCAUGACCGCCUGGGUGGGCUCUCUGGUGGCAGGAGUGGGAUUGAUAGCAAGUCCCAUCUGCAGUGCGUGCGUGGAUAACUUCGGGGCUCGCCCUGUGACCAUCUUCAGUGGCGUUAUGGUGGCGGGGGGCCUGAUGCUCAGUGCCUUUGCUCCUAACGUUCAGUUCCUCAUCUUUUCCUAUGGGAUUGUAGUUGGUCUGGGCUGCGGUCUUGUAUUCUCAGCCACAUUGACAAUCACCUGCCAGUAUUUUGACAAGAGACGUGGCCUCGCCCUCGGCAUUGUCACCACAGGUACAAGUGUCGGAGCAUUCAUCUACGCCACUGCCCAAAAUGAGCUGAUCGUGUUGUUCGGCCUGGAUGGCUGCUUGCUUAUCAUUGGAGCGAUUGCACUAAACCUCAUGGCCUGUGCCGGCUUCAUGAGGCCCCUUGAAAUGCCAAAAUACUACCUCAAACAGAAGGCCGCCCUGGAGCGCAACACAGAAGAGCAGCUUUUUGCGAAGCCAGCGCUGGAUGACCUGACAAUCACAACCGGUUCAUCAGCAACUACUCCAGAGAAAACACUCGCAGUGAAAGAGUUGCUCAUCACCAUCGAUGGCAAGGACUUGUCUAUUCAGACAGAGAAGAAGAAAGGUUGGGUGGCUGGGUUAGCCAUCACAAAAAUAAUCAAAAAGAAGCAGAAGAACUACUCCAUGUACUUGCACUCCAUGCAUGAGAUCCUGCAGGACCAGGUCAUGGUGGCUUUCUGCAUUGCUAUCUUCCUGUUCAGUCUGGGUGCAUUCCCACCAGUGCUCUUUAUUGAAGAUGUGGCACAAAGUGCAGGACUUAUUGAAGAAGUUAGUGUUAUUCCUCUUGUAUCUAUAGGGGCCAUUGCCACAUGCAUAGGUAAACUAGCCCUGGGUGUCCUGGUGGACAUCAGGUGGAUUAACGGCAUCUAUCUGUAUGCCUUCACAAUGUAUGCAGGAGGUUUGGCACUGUGCCUUAUACCUGUUACAAAAACUUAUGUGGGACUGCAGGUCCUGACAGCUGUCUUGGGUUUCUUCUCUGGAAACUGGUCUCUCACCUCCUACAUCACCACUAAAAUCGUUGGCUUGGACAGACUGACACAAGCCCACGGCAUCCUCAUGUUCUUCGGGGGAUUUGGGAUCAUGCUUGGACCCCCUGUCGUAGGGUGGUUCUUUGACUGGACACAGUCAUACGACUUGGCAUUUUACUUUAGUGGGAGCUGCGUGUUGGUGGGAGCGUCCAUACUGACUCUGCUCACCCUUCCCUGCUGGAACAGGAAGCACUCUGAGGACGACAGACCAGAAGUCCAGUACACCAGCAAUUGUGACAAAGUUGCCUCGGUAGCCUGAUUUAGCACCUAUCAGAAUCACUCAGAUUUCCAACUGCUGCUCUUCAGCUGUCCUUCAGCCAUACCUAAACCACCUUUUGGAGGAAUUUUCUUUCAUCAGCUGUAUGAGGGUCCCUCUCUUAUUUCUGUUGCCAGGGUUUGAUAUGCCAAAAUUUCCAACUACAGGUCAUCUGUUCUUUAUCUGCCAGACCUUACUGAAGUUUUGACCCAGAUGCCUGUGUUUUUAUUGCCUCAUUUUACGAGGUUCGCUGAACAAUUUUGUUUAAAUCCAGAAGUCUAUAGGGGGCUUAUGUAAACAGAUUUUUUUUCUUUUCUUUUGCUUCAAUGUAGCUCUGAAAAAAAACAAAAAAAACAGCGGCACUCAUUUCACUGGGAAAAAGCAUCCCGAAAAUGUUCACGCUCUGCACCUAUAAUCUUACUGCAAUAGAAAAUGUAUGUAUUCUAAUGAAGGAGAAAGCCUUUUUUUGAUAAAAGCUCCGCAUUUUUAUUUUGUAACGCUUAUAAUGUAUACCUUAACAAUACCACUAUGUAUGUUACCAAAGCAUCCACCAUAGUCAAGGCCUGUCAACACACAAUGCCUGUUGGAACAACACAAAAGCCUUGCAUCUACUCUCUUUGCACCACAUACCUCCUGUUUCAGUAUCAGUCAGAUGUAAUUUAGGUUGGUUCAAAAACGUUAAUCCACUGAAGAGAUCUUACUGUAUUUGCAAUCUUGACGGCAUGCUGAUUCUCUCUGUGGCAUGAUUAUCACGACCUGGGUGGCACUCUGUCUGAUCUGGCAUGCUCAUUUCCAUCACGUUGUAUGUGUCAAAUCUAAGGUGUAUGUAUGUGUUUGCAGAUGCAUGUUCACAUUUGUGUGUGAACUGUUUGAGAAACUUUUGUACUUGUCCUAGUUUGUAAAGCUCUAUGUGCUAGUGAGAUUUUUAUGCACAAAGCCAGCCAUAGAGCUGUGAAAAACAGUUUUUGUUUAAUUUCAAUAUUGUGAUUUUUAGUAUUUCUUGAAUGUUGAAUAGACCACUACAAAUGUCUUUGAUAGUUCCAGUUUCCCAUGUGUGAGUUGAUGUGGGGUAUUAGUGUUUGCUUUUUAUAUUCAAGAAGGAUAUAUACAGGGUGCAGAUGAGUUUUGUAGGAUUUGCCCUAUGUUGUAGCCAGUCUUUUCCUUUUUUUUAUUUCAGUAUUAUAAUAUUUAUAUAUCUUUUUCUGUACUAUUGUUUUAUUUAAACGAUACCAAUAAAAUAUUUGGAUUAAU